AAUUCAAUAUACUAUUUGCAAAAUUUAUUCCAAAGUUUCAGGUCUCGACGCGACGCUUUUAUCAUUUCAAAAAUGAAAACGAAAACGAAAACAACUUAACAAAGGAAAGGGCCAAUCCCGAACCUCUUUUUGGUUUUUACCCUUUCCCCCUUCUACAACAACACACAGUCUCCCACACCACUAAAACCAAAAUCCAAAUCAAAUCUCUCUGCCAACUAAAUUCCGUUCACCGUUUCCACCAAACUCUACAAAAUAACCACUCCGCAAUUUUGGAUCCAUCCGUUAUCGCCUUGUUCGGUUCGGUAUCUGCAUUGCUGCUCCAACACGCUGUCGUUUCAACGGUUCCGAUUUUGAUCUGGGAGGCUUUUACGUACCUCCAAAGCGCUGCGUGGUAGCUCCCACUUCCUCAACUUCUUCCUGCAUUGCCUCUGCAACAUAUCUUUGCGCCGAUCUGCUGCAUUUGCUUUUCUUGCGUAGGGAAACAGGUACAGUUAAUCAAAGGGGCAGGAAGAGUAUCUAAAACGAGCAUGCAGUUGGGGCAGGAGGGGCGAGGAAAAGGGGAAACUGGCAGCUUAAAUGGGUUUUCUGGGGAAGAGUUAGGAGGUACAGUUGAAGGUAGCCAGCUUGCUUCUCUGGUGAUGUGGAUGAAUGCCGUGCUUCCUAACCUUAAUCUGCCUUCAGAAACUUCAGAGGAGGAAUUGAGAGAAUGGUUGAGGGAUGGAUCUUUAUUAUGCAGCCUUUUGGACCAGCUGGUUCCUGGUUCAUUGGAAGGACGUGGAUAUUUGAAUGAGCCAGUGGGCCGCAUUAAAAAGUUUCUAAUGUCUUUGGAUGAAUUGGGAUUGUCUGGAUUUGAAUUGUCAGACCUGGAGCAGGGAUCCAUGGUGCCUGUCUUACAAUCUCUUGAGACAUUGAAAACUCAAUUUGCUUUCAAUGCUGCUCGGGAAAAUAUCCAGAGUUUUUCUAGGAAGAGGUGGGGCCAGUCAGAUCAAACAUCCCUUGAGGAAAAUGAUAGUUGUCUCAAGGAUACUUUGAAAUUCCGACAUGCUAUCGAUGGUUCUUUUGUUUAUGGGGGAAUUGCUGCCAAAGACCAAAAUGGAUUGAAGUCUAAUGAACUGUUCCAGUUGAAGCAAGGACUGCCCUUAGAUCUUUCAGAUGCUAAACUUAUGGAAUUAUUAAAAUCAAACAAUUUGGAUUGUGUAUCAACUCGAUCGCUCUUUAACAUAGGGAAUGCGAUCCUCAGUGAUAUCUUUGAAAGGAAGAAUGGAGAUGUACCCCAAGCUCAACGUGCAGGUUGUCUGUUGAAGAAAAUUCUGCAAGUCAUUGAGUUGCGUGUUUCACAUCAAGCACAAAGCAUAAAAAAUCAAAACAAUAUUUUCAAGGCUCAUGAGGAGAAGUACCAAUCAAGAAUAAAUGCACUUGAAACUCUUGCAGCUGGGACCACUGAAGAGAACGAGGUGGUUGCAAGUUGGGUUCAGCAAUUGAAGGUUUCUUUGCAGCUUGAACAAAGUAAAUUUGAGGAGAAGAAGAAACUUGAAGAACAGGAUUUUUCUCGAUUAAAGAAAGAAAAAGUUCGUAAUGAAAUUGAAGUUUCUACACUGAAGCAAGAACUGGAAAUGAUCAAAAGAACACAUGAAGAACAUGUUUUGCAGCUAGAAUCACAAGCUACUGAAUCUAAAGUUGAGUACUUGAAAAGAAUAUCCGAACUUGAAAGUCUUCUUGCUGAUGCAAGGAAGCAAGUGAAGGAAUUGGAGGCAUUUUCAGAAUCCAGAUCUGUGAAUUGGAAGAAUAAGGAGCGUACUUACCUAAGUUUUGUCGAUUGCCAAUCUAGAGCUUUUCAGGAAUUGAGAGCUGCAAUGAAGUCUGUCAAAAAUGAAGUGUUAAAAACAAAAAGAAGCUACUUAGAGGAUUUCAAGUACUUUGGAACCAAACUCAAAGGUCUAGCUGAUGCUGCUGAAAAUUACCACGUAGUUCUUGCUGAAAAUAGAAAAUUGUAUAAUGAAGUUCAAGAUUUGAAAGGAAAUAUUAGGGUAUAUUGCCGAAUUAGACCCUUUCUUCCGGGACAAAAUCAAAAUCAUUCAACCAUUGAGUUUGCGGGUGAGGAUGGAGAACUAAUUGUCAGUAAUCCUCUCAAACAAGGAAAAGAUAGUCGCAAGCUUUUUAAAUUUAACAAGGUUUUUGGUCAAGCUGCAAGUCAAGAAGAAGUUUUCAGGGAUACUCAACCAUUAAUUCGUUCUGUUCUUGAUGGUUACAAUGUUUGUAUAUUUGCAUAUGGUCAAACUGGUGCUGGAAAAACAUAUACAAUGAGUGGACCUUCCUUAUCGUCAAAAUCGGAUUGGGGAGUCAACUAUCGGGCGCUACACGAUCUUUUCCAUAUCUCCCAUAGCAGAAGGAACUCUAUCAUGUAUGAAAUUGGUGUUCAAAUGGUUGAGAUUUAUAAUGAACAAGUUCGUGAUUUACUAUCAACCAAUGGCCCUCAAAAGAGACUUGGGAUUUGGAAUACAACCCAACCAAAUGGGUUGGCUGUUCCUGAUGCAAGUAUGCACUCUGUAAAUUCAAUGACAGAUGUCCUUGAGUUGAUGAAUAUCGGGAUGACGAAUCGGGCUACAAGUGCCACAGCCUUAAAUGAAAGGAGUAGUAGAUCACAUAGUGUUCUCUCCAUUCAUGUUCGGGGAACGGAUUUGAAGACCAACACUCUCUUGCGUGGGUGUCUACAUCUGGUAGAUCUUGCUGGAAGUGAAAGAGUGGAUCGUUCUGAAGCAACAGGAGAUAGGCUUAAGGAGGCACAACAUAUAAACAAAUCACUUUCAGCACUUGGAGAUGUGAUAUUUGCUCUAGCACAGAAGAGUUCACACGUGCCAUAUAGAAAUAGUAAACUGACUCAACUUCUUCAGAGUUCAUUAGGUGGUCAAGCAAAAACCCUUAUGUUUGUACAACUUAAUCCUGAUGUCGCUUCAUAUUCUGAAACUAUAAGUACCUUGAAGUUUGCUGAGAGGGUUUCUGGUGUGGAGUUAGGCGCUGCUCGUAGCAACAAAGAGGGCAAGGAUGUGAGAGAACUUAUGGAACAGUUGUCGUCUCUCAAGGAUGCAAUUACAAGGAAGGAUGAAGAAAUUGAGCGGUUGCAGUCGGUCAAGGUUAAUAACAAUGGUGCAAAGCUUGGUACGAUCUCACCUAGGCAUGUCCCAUCAUCUCCGAGAAGACACUCAAUGGGGACUCCUCGGCAUAGCUUGAGACACUCAGGAACAAGGAGCAUUGGAGCCCGUGACAAAGCAACUUCUGAUGCUGACAAUUGCUCUGAGUAUAGUGACAGGCAAUCAGAAGCUGGUUCUCCUCGAUCGUUGGAUGAUUUCAGGCACAAGUCCAGUUCCCUACAAAUGAAAUUAGCCAGAGAAGAUAAUCAUCAAAAUUUCAAUGAGGACAUUGACCUCUUAGGAUUUGGAGAUGCAGAUUCAGAAGAGCGAUUAAGUGACAUAUCUGAUGGCGGUCUUUCAAUGGGUACAGAAACCGAUUCAAUCAGCAGUAUUGUUGAGUACACUCUUUUCCCUGAAGUCGAGAAGGCAGCUGAAACCACACCAGCAAAGAACACAACAGUGGACGACCUUCCACCUCAGAGCACGGGAAAGCCUAUCAUGCCAUCCAAAAUUCCCAAAGCCCCGCAAGUUGCAUCGAAACUACCAACGAAACCUUCUAGGCUAUCAUUGAACAGAACCCACUCAGUGUCAAAUUCAAGUGUUAGAAAACAGACAGCUGGUAGCUCUUCUUCGGCAAAGCCCCUCAAAAGAUGGCAAUAGUUAGGAUACAACUUGGAUGCUGUAGAAAGAUUAGGGCCAUAGGAACUUUUUAUUCAUGUUAGGUGCUUAUUAUAUUAUUCUGCACCCAAGGCUGAGUUAUAGCUCAUUUCAGCCUCAAUCUAUUAUUUAGUGAGGCGAUUGCAAACCCUAGCUUGUAACUAUUUUGUAUUUAAGCAUCGCGAUCUUUUCUGUAAGUGAGAUUGUGAGAAUCGUACAACUCAACUGAUUAAAAAUUUAAAAUCUACGUCUGUAUGUAUCUUUGUUUUAUGCUUAUGACAUAUGUAGCCACCAAGUAAGUGAGAAUCAUUGAAGACACUAAGUCGCAUCUGAUUAAAACUUACAUCUGUAUUUAUCCCAAAUUAAAAAAAAAAAAAUCCACAUCUGAACGAUAAAUACAGAUGUGCAAAUCUUAUUCUCAUUCUUGGCAUCAUUGCAGGGAAUCAAACGCGCCCAUAUCUUCAAAAGUUCAUUUGCACCAGGACUGAUCAGGAUCUCGUAUGGAUCAUGCCUAUGUCUGUUAAUAUAUUUAUGCCACAUCCCUCCAACUCUCCCCUUUCAGCGCCACUCAGCCCCUCUUCCUUGCAGUCUUCGAUGGUUGCCGCCGUCAACGGGAGUCAACGCCGCCGGAACACCAGACAACGCCACACGCAAGUACCUCCUUGUAGUCCCCUAGCAUCGCCGCCUUUGUUGCAUGUCGCCGUCGGCCCCCCUUUGAAGAUGCAUCCAUUCUUCCGGCCUCCAACCCGACGGUGCCUUUGUUCGGCCUCUGCAUCCCCAGUCAGCGCCGCUCCCUGCCUAGCGUCUGGGCCCACCGCACGUGUCUUCCCUCCGGUGCCGGCGCUGCAAUAACAGUUGAGUUUGGGGAAUAAAAGACAAUUUUGUACGUGGACAUAAUUUUUGGUCUGUUGCCAGAAAUCACCUUCAAGUCAUGGGAAAGUCGAAAUUAUCAGAGAUAAGGUGCUCACCAUACCACAUUGCGGAUUUCUUCAAAGAUUUGGAAAUAAACCAAGCCCAAGAAAAGCUACAGGAGAUAGAAGCAAUGGGUUUUGGUUUCCUGAAGCUAGUCCCGAGGUGGCCGGUUAAACAAGGCAUAAUGGUUUCGUUGGUUAAAGCCUACAACACUGAAACGAGCACGUUGACUGUAGAUCAUGGAAACAUCCGCAUUGGACCCGAGUUAUUUCAGCGUGUUUUCGGAAUCCCACCUGGUGUUGACGACUUCCCACCGUUCGACUGUGGGAAUGUUUCUCAUGCUUCAAUAAAAAGAAGAUUUCAUCGGUUGAAAACCAUUCAACAUAGGUGUUUUGUCAACCAUUGUGCUAUGGAAACUGUAGAUGACAGGAUGGAGUUCAGGAGACAUUUCAUCCUGCUUGUGCUUAAGAUGUUUCUGUGUUUGACUGUGCAACACGUCAUCUCGUCUUGGCACAUCGAUAUAAUACUUGAUGUUUCUGAUAUGGGAAGAUACCGUUGGCCGUUGCAUAUUUUCAACUUGUUAGAACAGGCAAUCAGGAAGUAUCAACGUAGAAACAAUAAGUCCUGUGAGAGUUGCAUAUUCGCUUUGCUGAUUUUGUACUUUCAAAAGCUAAAACGUGGUGAACUUGAGAAUUGUUAAGAACAUGAGCCGUGGCUUUCUGCAUGGACUGCCGCGGAGCUCAGCGCUAUGGCAUCAUCAACUGUUCAACCAGAGGAAUGCAGCGAUACCGACGGGAACAAUGGGUGUGUCGGUGAAGGUUGUGCGAGUGAGGUCACGAUGAACCAAUGUGCUGAAAGAGAAGACGCGCACCGGACAAAAGGAACCAUAGGGUCCACAAAAGGAUCUGAUAAGAGAGGGGGAGUUAGACACUGCUCAAGAUAGAUGCACCCGCAGUUGUAUUGGAUGGGGAUGACGAUGACGACGAGCCCAUUGCCAAAAAACUGCAGAGAAAAAUUGAUUGGACAAGAACUCCUGAACCUCGUAUGACAAAAGGGGACAUCGGCACGACUAGUGAAAUGGACACAAUAGAAAGACAAAAAGGAUCCGACAAGAGGGGUCGAGUUAGCAACGGCUCAAUGCGCACAAAUGCACCUUCAGUUGCAUCCGAUGAGGAUGACGAUGACGACGAGCCCAUUGGAAAGAUACUCUGCAAUAGAACGCAUCAUAGGACGGAAGGGGACACCGCCACAACCAGCCAGCCGGAAACAACAAAGCAAUCAACCGAGCCAGACGAUCAUGAAACAAAAACUCCGUCAAGAGCAUUGAAAUCUUGACAUCUUAUCUCAACGAGAUCCAGAGUGUGAAAAGUUGUGGGCAGAUAUCGAAUGGUGUUACGGCUCAAAACCCAUUAGCGUGGAUCCAAUCCAAACCAUUAUUCCAAAAGGUACUUCUUGAUGCACACCCAGUCCGCAACGCCUCUCAUUCUCCCUUGGGAUGACCCAAAUCUUCAAAACACCCACACCGUCCCCCCGAUCCAUUCAUCCGUUACUUUGGGGAUGAAAACUCAUUGAGUGGGAUGAAUAAUGAAUCAAAUGGUGGUGUGUGGACACAUCUGUUGAUAACCAGCAAAUAGUGGCAUCGUAUGAGGGUAGACCGCACCUAAUGCUGGCAAGGGAGGACUUGUGCACGCUGAGACCACAUGCUUGGCUCAACAACAAUUUAUGUAGGUCGUGCACUGUAUGUGUUGCGCAUUCAAUGACUCAGGGUUAAACAGAUUCACGCAUGACUUCUGCGUGUGUCUGGGGAUACUGGAAAUGGUGCUGGUCCCAAAAAAUCUAAUGCAUUUUGAGGACGGGCCAAAUCCGGUGUAUAUGGAUUUGGGUGAACACUUUGGUACCGACACAAGGUAUUUUGACAAGGUAGCAGAUUUAAAGAGAAAGUGGGUAA